CGACGGAUUUAUUUGCCUCGGGUUUCCAAGCAAUUUUCUUCGAGCUCAAAUCGGAGCCGAGACCCUAGCAGCUGAGCAUUCCUCGAAGAAGACCUUUAACGCUGCCCUUCUUGCUCUGAAGCCUCGUCAAGUUUUGCUAUCGACACCUGAUAUGGGGAAUAAGGAAGCUGGUGAGGAAGAGAGCACAUCCCUCAAUUUGAAACCUGAUCAGAAGGUUAUUCUUCUCCGUUCGAUUGCUCAGCACCUCGACCGAUGCGGGUUUUCCAAAUGCUUGAAGAAAUUCCUCUCCGAAGCUGAAAUUGAGAAACAGGAUUUGGACAGUAGUUUACCAGAUCUAGAGGAAAUUUACCUCGAGUAUCUGAAGAAGAGGGAGCAUGAAGCUGGGGAUUCAAUCAAACAGAAGACUGAAGACAUACAGACUCAUGCCAAAAAGGAAGUGGAAAAUUCCUCAGAUGAUCACGCCAAAGGAAAAAAGGAAAAAAAGAAGAAAAAGAAGGAACCGAAGUCAGACGUAAUUCAGGGGAAGAACAAAGGUGGGUCAUCUAAGAACAAGAAAGAAACUGAUGUCAAGGUAGAAGAACCAACGAACUGUGACUCUAGCACUGCUGAAGAAUCAAAAGAUACACAUGAAGAUGCAGAGAAAGGAGAAAAAGACAAAAAAUUUAAAAAGAAGGAAUCGAAAUCUGAGGUAACUGAGGAGAUGGUCAAAGAUGGAUCAUCCGAGAACAAGAAAGAGACUGAUGUUGAGAUGGGAGAGGGACAGAAAAAUAAAAGGAAGACGAAGAAGAAGUCGAAAUCUGGAGUCUCAGAAUCUCUAGAUGAUGAUAAAACUCAUGCAGAGAAUGAGGCGGAGAAGGUUUCCAAGAAAAGGAAAAGACCAGAGAAGGAAGAAGAAAAUGAGCUAACAAGGGAUGAUAAGGAAGAUGACGAAUCGAAACGUAGGAAGAAGGAUGAUAACAUAGACGUCAACAGUGUUCAGAAAACACCCGCAAAACAGCCUGACGUUCCGGAAAAUGGGAAUGUUGAAAAUUCCGGAGCAAAAUCAGCAAAUCAGAAGUCAGGAAAGAAGCAGAUCAAUGGCUCAUUAGAGCCAAAGAAACCGUUCCAGAGAGUGAAUGUUGAAGAAGUUGAAUUCAUCGACGAGAGGCUUAAAGACAACUCCUAUUGGGCAAAGGAUGGUGCAGAUUCCGGCUAUGGUGCCAAAGCCCAAGAGGUUCUCGGACAAGUCAGGGGAAAGGGUUUCCGGCACGAGAAGACGAAGAAGAAGCGGGGAAGCUACAGGGGAGGGCAGAUCGAUCUGCAGUCACAUUCGGUAAAGUUCGAUUACUCAGACGAAGAAUGACCAAUGUGGAAUGAUCGAUCAUUAUUCUCGUUUUAAUUUGAUCUGUCUCUGUCUCUAUAUUGAAACCCAUUGAAUUAAAUUCCAAAGAAAGCAAGAAGAGGUUAAAAAAAAAGGGUCAAAUUUUGGUGUAACAUUCUGAUUCUCGCUGUUGAGAACAUUGUUGGGUUUUGCUCUUAUAUAAAAAUAUAAAAUCGGAUCACAUUAAAUUCCA